UUUGGUUGGUUUCAACUCAAAAGGGGGCGCCCUACUUUAUCGGUGUACGGAGAAUUGGAUAUAUUCAAUCAACGAAAUGCUCCACAAAAUCGUUGAGGUGAAAUUAGGAAUGGAUCCCGAUUCACCUCUUAAUCGGGCCCAUCAGAUUGAAAGACAAGCAGAGAAGAUGUUGCAAAGUGGACGAUAUGAUCAGGCCUCGUCUUGCUACAUCCGAGCUGCAGACCAACUGGAAGUGGCAAUUCAACAGACGCAGAACCCCUCAGCUGUCCUGUCGCUGAGACUUCAACUUGAGAAUCUUAGAAAGCAGCCUCAGAUUAUCAAGAAGCGACAGCAGUGGGACCAACACAAACAGGAUUCAGUGCUGACUCUCUGGAAUGGGCGCUUCCUCAAUGAAGAUACUCCUGAUGUCCUCAGAGACCAAGACCCAAUGAGUGAGGUCCCGGCUGGUGGAGGGGCGGAGCCUGAAGAUGGAGAGAGGAGAAUGAGAACAGACAGCUCCGAGUCCAAGUUCAGUUCCUUUGAGGAGACUGACUCCCUCUUAGCUAUGAUCCGGCAGCAUCACGUUAUUGAAAACGAACAGCCAAAAUACCGUGUUCAACAGAUUAUGGCAGCUUUCAGAACACUUGGCUCAGGCAGUGGUCGCCUCGACAUCACAGAGCCACUUGUGUCUGGUGAGUCCAGCCAAAAUGAAACUCCAAGAGGGCAAAAGCUUCCCAAAACUCGACAGACAGUUGUGCAAGAGUUACUCACUCAAAAUCAGGAGCUGCAAAGCCAUCUGAUGCGGCUCUUCCUGGUUUUGGAGAGCUGUGAACAGGAGAACCAGAAACUGAAAGAGACAGUGUCGGACCUCAGACAAGAAUUGGAGGAAUGCAGGAUGCGUUGUGUCACCAGGGAGGUGGACCAUUUUGGAAUGGGGACCAAUUCCAGACUGGAAGCCCCAUUCUCCUUGAUGGACGGUUUUGCCGGCACCCCUCCAUCAGACUCCCUGCCUCCUCUGUCACCUCUGUCACCUCUUCAUAUGCCUGACUUGGAAGAUGAUGAUCUGAUCUGAAAUACAAUUGUAACUGUCAGUUCAAACUCAGUUCAAACUCUGGUCAUCAUGAUUGGCAAUAGAGCGUGUAAGUUUGCCUCUAAAACCUGCGAUAUUUUACACAACCGGGCACCAUGUACGUGUACAUGUAGUGUACAUGUAUAGGAUCUGCAAUGUGGGUAGUGAAGUAAUGUCCUAUUUUUUUGCAUUUAUUUUGUGUCUUGACUGGAACUGUCCAAUCAAGGGCAAUAUUAAAAUGGGUAUUUUGAAAGAAAAGAAGUCAUUGCAAUUUACCACAUACUGAAAAUACAUGUAUUAGGAAUUGAUGAAUAUAAUAGAAUUAAAAUUGUUGACCUCAACUUCCGUGUAAUCGAUCAGGCGGAUAACAAGUUGGUAAAUUCAAACAUGGUAGUCUGUGACUAGACUAGUCGGUGAUUGGUACCGAGACGUUAACAUAAAAAGUGAAUGUCGUGGACUGGCUAGACUUACACACUCUAUGGUCAGGUUAGAUUAAUGUUUAUAAGACUUUGUUGCAGUGGCUUAUCUGCAGUGGCGUAUCUGCAGGUGGGAAGGGCGAUGUCUCCCCCCCCCCUCCAGAUGUCUGUGCCCUCCC